AUGGCACACAAGAAAAUUGAAGGUGAUUUUGAAGAACAAUAUAAAAGGGUAUAUGACUAUGUCAAUGAGCUGCUUAGGUCAAAUCCUGGAUCAAUUGUCAAAGUUAGUGUAGAACCUAAUGAGGGGAACCAAGUAUUCAAGAGACUUUAUGUUUGUUUGAAGGCAUGUAAGGUGAGUUUCAUAUCAUGUAGGCCCAUUGUAGGUUUGGAUGGGUGUUUCUUGAAAGGGAAAUAUGGCGGUGAAUUGUUAACAGCAGUUGGAAGAGAUGGUAAUGACCAAAUGUUACCUUUGGCAUAUGCUGUUGUGGAGGUGGAGAAUAAGGAAACCUGGACUUGGUUUUUGGAAUUCUUGAUUGAUGAUCUUGGUGGUGUUGAAAAUUGUUCAACGUAUACAUUUAUCUCAGAUCAACAAAAAGGACUUCUGCCAGCAAUACAAGAACUUCUACCUCGUGUUGAUCAAAGGUUUUGUGUCCGCCACAUAUAUGCAAAUUUUAGGAAAAAAUAUCCUGGAAAAAAUCUGAAACGUCUAUUAUGGAAGGCAGCAUCAUCAACCCAUCCUCAAGCAUGGGAGGCAGUCAUGAGAGAAAUAAAAGAUGUCAAUGUAGAGGCCUUUAAGCACUUGAUAGCUAUUCCACCAAGAUUUUGGUCAAGGUCAAGGUUUACACCUACAGCUGCUUGUGACACCCUAGUAAACAAUAUCUCUGAAGCUUUUAAUAGUGUGAUCUUGGAUGCAAGGGCUAAGCCCAUCAUAACAAUGAUGGAAGACAUUCGUAUGUAUCUAAUGAAGAGAUGGGCAAGAAAUAGAGAGAAGAUAAGCUGGUCAGGAUUGAAAUUAUUUGAAGUGAGACACACUUCCAACAUUGGUGACAAGUUUGUUGUUGACAUAGAUAAAGUGGACUGUAGUUGCAGGAAAUGGAGUAUAACAGGAAUCCCAUGCUGUCAUGCCCUCACUGCCAUGACAUUUUUAAACAUCAAUGGAGAAGACUACAUCUCACAUUGGUUUACAAAGUCAACCUAUGAACAAACAUACUUUCCAAUGAUAUAUCCAGUCCACGGUGCUCAUAUGUGGGAAAUGACUUCAAUGCCUGAUGUGUUGCCUCCACCUAAGAGAAUUUUGCCUGGUAGACCGAAAAAGAAAAGAAGAUUAGAGCCUUGGGAGCUUAAGAAAGAUGACACUCAACUAAGACAAGGUGGAACACGUAAGAGAUGUGGCAUAUGUAGAGAGCUUGGACAUAAAAGAAAUAAUUGUCCACAAGCUGCCCAAGCUGCUCCAAGAACUCCAAAUGCAACUCAAUCCAGUCAAAUUACUCAAUGCGAGGUUGAACAACCCCAACAAAGUCACCCAUCAACAACAGCACCUCAGACAACUUCAACACCAGCUGACCCAACUGCCACAGCACCUUCAAACUGA